CAGUGUGAUGUGGAAGCAGCGGUGACAGCAGGGCACUGAGUGCUGGACUUUACUCCUCCUGCUCUUCUAUAGGACUCUGCUGCUAUAUAUAUACUGACCCAGGAGCUGUGCACAACUCACUCUGUAUCCAUCACAGCUCAGCAACACAGCUGCAGUCAUGAAGGUCCUCGUGGUGCUCGCCCUCGCUGUUUUCACAGGUUGCAAUGCCAACAUCGUGUGGCAGAACCAACCCAAGCCCCAGGUAGAGAUGGUGAAAGAUGCAUUCUGGGACUAUGUCGCCAAGGCAACCAUGACUGCUGAGGACUCCCUGAAGCAGAUCAGACAGUCCGAGCUGGGAAAGGAAGUGAACACCCUGAUCUCUGAGAGCACCGACGCCGUCAACAAGCUCACCGAUGCUCUGCGCACUCAGGUGGCCCCUCUGACGCAGGAUCUCAUGUCUAAGUUUACCCAGGAGGCCGAGCUGCUGAAGACUCGUCUGGAGAAUGAUCUGACCGCCGUUAGUGCCAACCUGCAGCCCUACGCCCAGGAGCUGGUCGCUGACCUCCAGAAGCAGGUGGAGGAGCUGAAGAAGGACGCCGUCCCCUACGCUGACUCCAUGGACUCCGAGGCCCUGAAGACCGUCCUGCUGCAGAAGAGUCAGGAGCUGAGGUCGCAGCUGGAUAAGAGCAUCGCCCAUCUGCAGGACCAGAUGGUGCCCUACACCAGGGAGAUCAAAGAGAAGAUGGAGCAGAGCCUGGAGGAGUUCCAGAGGAGCAUGGUCCCCCUGACCCAGAGCUUUGAGACCCAGCUGACCCAGAAAACCCAGGAGAUCCAGCAGAACCUGGCUCCAGUCGGAGAUGAGCUGAGGGCCAAGCUUGACACCGACAUCCAGAACCUGAAGAAGCAGCUGGAUGCUCUGUGGAAGUCUUUCACUAAGAUGACCCAGUAAAUGGACUUUUAUCUAUACCAUUAUUUAUGUUUCUAUGUUUCUAACAUCCUGCAACAGCACAAAAAACAUACUUUCCGCGUGGUAGUGUGCAAAUAACAAAAACAGCAAAGCAUGAUGGUCACAUCCCUAGAAGGCUUUUUACAUCCGACCAUCUAAUGAUUCCCACCAUUAACACAUCUGAAGAUGCUAACCCAUUUUCAAGUGAAUUUUAACUCCCCAUCUUUUGAGUGGAUUUGGCUAACAUUAGCUCGUAUGGGGCUAUAACCUGUGAUCCGUUGGCUAGCAUUAGCUCACAUGAGGCUAUAUCUAGUAUGAGUUUGAUGCAGUCCUUGUAAAACGGUGUGCUUGUAUUUUCUCAGUUCUUUAAAGGAACUCUUGCAGAGUCAACCCAAACUCUGUGUUAGUCCAGCUGUCAGAACAGAUUUAUCUUCAAGUAGGAAAAAAAAAUAUGGUUCAGAUCUGAUCCAACCACUCAGUUCUCUAUAUUCUUAUUGUAAGGUUCUCUUCUACCUGGUUAUUAGUGUUAAAUCAGUGUUGGUUUUAUGGGACAGUAAAACAAGUGCAAUACCUCAUUCUCUAUGUUUUUAUUGAUGAAAAAUGCUGUAAUGUUACUGUUUGCAACUAUAAGCUUUCA